AUGGUAACUUUCUCAAAGCAGGAAGAGCUCCCUCCCCUACCUGUGCCAGAUCUCAAUGCAACACUUGACAGGUAUCUCGAAUCAGCGCUUGUAUUACUGAACGAGGAUCAAAGGAAAAAGACAAGAGAAAACGUAGAAGUCUUUCGAAGUAGCGCCACAGCUGAACAGUUACAGAAUGUUCUCAUAGAUAGAGGAGCUCGGAUGAAGAACUGGCUGGAAGAAUGGUGGUACGAUGCGUACUGCGAGAGUCGGCUUCCUCUGGUGCCAUACGUGUCGCUGGCUGCCAGCAACAGCCUAUGGACCUCACUUGAGGGCUCGCAAAUUUGUCGAGCUGCUGAUAGCAUAUACUACUGGAUGUUGUUCUGGGAUAAGAUUAGAAAAGAAACCCUGCCAAUCACCAGAAGUCGCGGAACAGAUUGGGACAUGCACCAGUAUCGCUGUAUCUUCAACUCCUGUCGAGUACCGGAGUUGUUGAAGGACCGAAUGGAUAGAUACUUCAAAACGGGUUAG